AUGAAAGAAACAACACAUCUUUUCUCGAAAUAUUAAUUAGAAUACAUACAAAAAAUAGGUGAAGGAGCAUUUGGAAAAGUAUACAAAGCAUUUGAUUAAACAACAAAUAAAAUUGUAGCUGUCAAAGUAUUUGUUAAAUUUUACUAAAGGUUCUAAAUACAGAUGAAGAAUAGGAAUUGCUUUAAUCUUUGAAUCAUAAAAAUAUUGUGAAACAUAUUAGAGGGUAUUGAUUCCAGUUUUCAUUACAUAGAUCAACCUAGCUCUUAGUAAUGGAAUAUAUGGAAGGAGGUUCAUUAAAUAAUUAUAUGGUUUCAAAUCCAAAUUUGAAUGAAGAGUAAUGCAUCUAAUUCAUAAAAUCUAUUCUUGCAGGUUUGAGUUAUCUGCAUUAACAUAAUGUUAUUCAUCGAGAUAUUAAACCUGGUUUUUUUUUAUUAUUAUAAAACUUUAGAUAAUAUCUUACUAACCAAAGAUUUAAUACCAAAGAUUGCUGAUUUUGGUCUCAGUAUCUAAUUUGAAAGCUUUGAUUUCUCCACUUGCAAGUGUGGUACUUAUUUAUAUAUGGCUCCUGAAAUUUUAUAAAACAAAUUAUAUUCUAAGGUAUAAGACUUAUAUAAAUUAGCCAGUUGAUAUUUGGGCUACUGGAAUUAUUAUGUAUCAAUUACUUUAGGGAAUUCAUCCUUUCUAUAUAUAAGAUUCAACAAAGCAAUAAUACCUUUAAAAUGUAUUAGAAAAACCUUUAUAUUUUAAAAAACAAAUCUCUUUAUAGGCCAAAGAUUUACUUAUUCGUCUAUUAAAAUUAGAUACUACUGAUCGUUAUACAGCUAGUCAAGCUUUGUAACAUCCUUGGCUUACUAAAUAAGAUAGUAUGCCUUUAAGUCUUUUUGAAUAAUUUAAAUUAUUUGAUUGCAAAAACAAAUUUAUGAAUGUAUUUAGAUUAUUUAGACUUAGAUAAUUAAAUUGCUGAUAUUUAUUCAAGAAUUAAAAAUUCCUAAAUUCUCUUAUGGAUACAUUUNA